AAUAUCAAAAAUCAUAUCCAACGAGACUAGUGUCAUCUGCGGGCUAGAGCUCUGUGUCUAGUGGAAAGGCUGAGAUUUGAGAGUUGUUGCGAUGAAGCGCUUUUUCAAGCCAAUAGAGAAAGAUGGGUCUGCAAAGAAGCCUGCGCUCUCUGCGAAACAAGAAGAUGGUGAAAAGAGAGAGUUAUCUGCAUCAGAAGGGAACUGUGAGAACAAGAAAGAGCCGUUGAAGUUUAUAACAUGGAACGCCAAUAGCUUUCUUCUUCGAGUCAAGACCAACUGGCCUGAGUUCUCCAAGUUCAUCUCUAGCUUGGACCCUGAUGUCAUUGCCAUACAGGAAGUAAGGAUGCCUGCUGCAGGCUCAAAGGGUGCGCCUAAAAACCCAGGAGAGUUGAAAGAUGACACAAGCUCUUCCCGUGAGGAAAAGCAGAUAUUGAUGCGUGCUCUUUCCAGUCCACCAUUUGGAAAUUAUCGCAUUUGGUGGUCCCUUGCAGAUUCAAAGUAUGCAGGGACUGCAUUGUUAGUAAAGAAGUGUUAUCAACCAAUAAAGGUUUCUUUCUCUCUUGACAGAACAGCUUCAAAACAUGAACCAGAUGGCCGUGUUAUUUUAGCUGAAUUUGAGACAUUUCGUUUAUUGAAUACAUAUGCACCAAACAAUGGCUGGAAAGAAGAGAAUUCAUUUCAAAGGAGAAGAAAAUGGGACAAAAGGAUGCUAGAGUUUGUCGUGCAAUUAUCAGACAAGCCUCUUAUAUGGUGUGGUGAUCUGAAUGUUAGCCAUGAAGAGAUUGAUGUGAGUCACCCUGAAUUUUUCAGCGCAGCAAAGCAAAAUGGUUAUAUUCCUCCAGACAAAGAGGAUUGUGGGCAGCCUGGCUUUACCUUGAAUGAGAGAAAGCGCUUUGGUGCCAUUCUGAGAGAGGGAAAGCUGAUAGAUGCAUAUAGAUUUUUGCACAAGGAGAAGGACAUGGAGUGUGGCUUCUCAUGGUCUGGGAACCCCAUUGGAAAGUAUCGAGGGAAAAGGAUGAGAAUUGAUUAUUUCAUAGUUUCAGAGAAAUUCAAAGAUAGGAUUAUUUUGUGCGAGAUGCAUGGGAAAGGAAUUGAAUUACAAGGUUUCUACGGAAGCGACCACUGUCCAGUAUCUCUUGAGCUUUCACCAGCUAGUUGUGAUUCCAAUGAGAGUUAACUUUCGUAUGUUUUUAUUCUGUGAUGAUACUGUUAUCUAAUUUCUUAGUGUAUUAAAUAGAAUCUCCUUUAGUCUCAAAACUUUAAGACAUAAAUUUAUUUAUCAAGAAAUUAUUUUGGAUUACCAAUACCCCA